GCCCCGCGAGGCCAGGGGUCCUUCAGGAGGCCGGAAGUAGCGGCGCGGCGCAGGCGCCCUCCUUUCCGUUCUCGGGCCCCGCCGCUGCCGACACGAUGUUGAUGCCCAAGAAGAACCGAAUUGCCAUCUACGAACUCCUUUUUAAGGAGGGAGUGAUGGUGGCCAAGAAAGAUGUCCACAUGCCGAAGCACCCUGAGCUUGUCGACAAGAAUGUGCCUAACCUCCAUGUCAUGAAAGCCAUGCAGUCUCUGAAAUCCCGUGGUUAUGUGAAAGAGCAGUUUGCGUGGAGGCAUUUCUACUGGUAUCUGACCAACGAGGGCAUCCAGUACCUGCGUGAUUACCUUCACCUCCCCCCUGAGAUCGUCCCUGCAACCUUGCGCCGCAGCCGCCCCGAGACAGGCAGACCGCGGCCCAAAGGUCUGGAAGGUGAACGCCCUGCGCGUCUCACUCGGGGAGAAGCUGACAGGGAUACAUACAGACGCAGUGCCGUUCCACGUGAGUGUCCAUCGUGCUGCUGUGGAAAUAGGCUGACCUUGCUCUUUGAGCAGGUUAUCUCUUUGGGACAGUUGUCCUCAGUGUUGGCCUCCUUUCAAGAAGAAAAGGGGAGAAUUAUACUCUUGGCAUAGCUGAGGCAUUUAUGC